AUGGAACCCGCAGAAGCGGUGGAUGCCGUGACGGCCCUGACCCAGCAACUUACCCUCAUGACGCAGGCCUUCCAGGAGAUGCAGGCCAGUCAUGAGCACCUGCUACAAAGGGUGGCCACGCAGGAGCAACGCAUCGCAGAGUGUACCGCGCUACCACCCUCGACUCCCCCUACGCUGACACGCACCCUGGAGGUGGUCUCUAGCGAGCCGUCGGUCAGCCUCCCUGAACGGUUUUCAGGCGACCGGAGGAAGUACCGCUCCUUCAUUAUUUCCUGCGAGCUGUUGUUUUCCCUGAAGCCUCGCACAUAUGCCACGGACUUCGUCAAGAUACGCACAGCGAUUUUCUUGCUUGCAGGGCCUCCCCAGACCUGGGUGCACCAACUCCUACAGGCCGAUGACCCAGUGCUGGCAUCCUGGGAGUCCUUUGCCGCAGCUUUGCAAAGACUUUAUGAUGACCCCCUGCGUUCUUCAACCUCCAGGGGUACCUUGCGCACCCUCCGCCAGGGCAGACGUCUGGUGGAGGAUUACAUCAUGGUAUUUCGUGAGGUAGCCCCGGCUUGA